ACAUGACAAUCCUUCACCGCUUACCACUGCGAAGCUGCAAAAAGUGGCGGUCAUCAUGGACGCAGCGUGGCAAGCCUUACUGGCAGAGGUUUUCAUUGUCCACAGAUUUCGUAAUUUCUUGAUGAUGUCCGCCACAAGCCGGCUCCAGUUUCUUCCUGCAGCCUCCUGUGUUUCCUGCUGGCUGCAGCAAACCUGCGCACAAAAGCAAGGCCUUCAAUCAGGCAGAUCACACUGGUAUAGUAGCACUCAAGGGAUUAACAGGUGGCGAGAGUCAGUGACGCGGGGUGCGCGCUUCAGCUCAGGUGUUGCGGGAGUCACCUGCGCAGCCAUGAAGUACAACAACCUAGGAUGGUCGGACGUGAGGGUCUCUGAGGCCUGCUUUGGCGUGAUGACUUUUGGGAACCAGACGGGGGAGGAGCAGGCACAUGAGCUGCUCGACUAUGCUCAGUCGCGGGGAGUCAACUUCUUUGACACUGCGGAGAUGUACAGCGCCCCCAUGUCUGAAGAAACUGCGGGCAAGUCCGAAGAGAUCCUGGGCACCUGGCUCAAGCGACAACCACGGGACAAGGCGAUUGUGGCAACCAAGAUUGCUGGUUACACUCCCUCUACCUGGGUGCCUGGCAACCGGAAGGUUCCACGCGAUCCAACUCGGCAACCCGCGCGCCUGGAUCGAGACUCUAUUUUUGCUGCAAUCAAGGGGAGCUUGCGGCGCCUGCAAACUGACUACGUGGAUCUGUACCAACUGCAUUGGCCAGACAGGUACGCACCCAUCUUCGGCCAGACUGUUUAUGACCCGAAGCAGGAGAGGCCGGACGCGGUGCCGUUUGAGGAGACCGUGGAAGCACUGGGAGUCCUGAUCAAAGAGGGCAAGAUCCGGCAUUGGGGCCUGUCCAACGAGACGACGUUCGGGGUCUGCCAGAUGGUGGCAGCCGCAGACAAGCUGGGCGUGCCGCGCCCCGUCAGCAUCCAAAACAGCUUCAGCCUCGUCCACAGGUCGUUCGAGACGGAGCUGGCGGAGGCGUGCGCGCCGUCCCACUUCAACAUCGGGCUUCUCCCGUGGAGCCCCCUGGCCGGCGGUGCUCUGACCGGCAAGUACCUGGACGGCGGCAAGCCGGCGGGGGCCCGUUUCACCGACUUCUCCGACUACAUGCGCCGCUUCCAGGCGGACCCCACCAUGCACGCCGCCCGUCAGUACGCUGAGCUUGCCAAGUCCAUAGGCGUGUCCCCCACUGUUCUUGCGCUGGCGUGGUGCAAGUCGCGCUGGUUCGUGGCGUCUACCAUCUUUGGGGCCACCUCCAUGCAGCAGCUGCAGGAAGACCUGGAUGCCUUCGAGGUCGAGCUUUCCGACGAGGCGUUGCAGAAGAUUGAUGCCAUCCAUUUGCAGUCGAAGGACCCGUGCAUGACGCUGUAAUUUAUUGAGUCUUCGAACUUGUUAGGCACGCUUGAUGAGUAGGCCAGGAACAAACUUCGGCAUAUUGCCGAGAGUUGAGCUGCGCAUUGCAGAGCUAUAGCAGUUGGACCGCGGGAUACCCACAUUCCUCUGGGGAGGUAUUGCAAGACGUGUUGUGCUAAAAUAAUUGCUCGAUGACACAGAGUUUUAGUCCAUUGCGAGAUCACAAGAUGCAAUUUUGCCUUGAACAUCGAACGAUUGACAGUUCCUGCAUGACGUCAUGCACCUAUUCAGCUAGAGACAACCAUGUUGACCCA